CCGUAAUUUCAUAAUAGUGCAAGGGUGAUUUGGUGCGUUGUCCUUGUAUAUUUCCCUGGCAAGCACAUGGCUCCGCUCUCCUCUUUGUUUUCGUGCAUACUAUACAUUGGUGAUCGUAGGCAUAGAAGAAAGGCAGAGGAGCGGAGUGGAGAGGAAGACGCAAGUUUCAUAGUGUUUGCGAUUUGAGCUAACAGGAGAGCAAGAGGAAGAGAGCAGAGAUGGUGAAUUACUGGAAGUCUAAAGUCCUUCCGACGAUCAAGAAGGUGUUUGACAGGAACGGCAAGAAGGCUGCCGCCGCCGAGGCAUGCAAGUCCUUCGACGAAUCGAAGGAGGACAUCAGCAAGGAGUUCGAAGAGAAGAAGACUGACCUGCAGCCCAAAGUUGUGGAGAUCUACGAAGCUUCUGCCGUUGAAAUCAAGACUCUGGUGAAGAAACCGACGGGGUCAGGACUGAAGAAGAAAUCAACUGUUGUGAUCAAGUUCAUCGAGGAACUAGUGAAGAUCGAGUUCCCUGGCUCGAAGCCGGUGAGCGAGGCUGCCGUCAAGUACGGCCCCGGCCUCGUCUCCGGUCCCGUGAUCUUCCUCUUCGAGCAGGUGUCCACCUUACUCCCGGCAGAGGAGCCGCCUGCUCCCGCCGAACCGGCCGUCGAGAGCACCAGCAAGGAUAUUACACCGGAAACCGCGGAGGAGAUCAAGAAGGAAGAGGCUGAGGCUGAGGUGGAAGAGGCACCUGCUCCGGCCGACCCGGCUCCCUCGGACCCCUCCCCGGAGACGGAGAAGCCGACCGAGCCAGCGGCUGAACCCGCCAAGGCUUGAUAUAAACCACCAGCCUCCCGAACCGAUCAUUCCACCGCCACCUCGCCACCACCGCGCACCCAGUGUUUCCAUGAUUUAUUAUUCUUUCUCUUGUCUCUUCGUCAAUUUGCUUCUCUUUCUCCUGUACGUAACUAUGUCUUGGUUUCUCUCAUUUUGCUUUCGGCAAGGGGACAUGCAGGCCAUGUAAUAUCAUUAUUAAGUGCAGUGUGGUGUUAUGUUA